CCUGCAGAGCAUGUGAGAAAGGCUAUUUUAGCUCCAAACAAAAUGCAGCUUUUUGUCUGCCUUGCCUGCCUGGAUCAUUUUGCAACACCACCAGCUGCAUGGGGUGUCUGCCUUGCCCUGGGGGGCAAGAGGCUCUUCAGGAGGCGUCGGAAGAGUGCGUGCCCUGCCUGCCAGGUACGUUCAAAGGUCCCAGUGACAACAAAUGCAAGCUCUGCAGGACAGGAGAAUACCAAUUACAGCGGGGCAAGGAGACCUGUGACCUGUGCCCAGAAAAUCACUACUGCCCUAGCCCAGAUGUGAACCCGGUCAAGUGCCCUCCUGACGCCUUCUGCCCUGCAGGCAGCACUGAGCCGGCAUACUGCAUGGAGGUCUUUCUUUACAAAGCAGGGGACUCCUGCCAGCUGACUCCCCUGAUGGUCAUUCUCCUGGCCGUCUUCUCAGCAGGUGCAAUCCUUGCUGUCUUUUUAAUAAUUCUGAGAAGAAGGCAAGAAUAUAGCAAGAAAUCGUUAAAGUCUCUACUGCUACCCCGAGGCUCAGGACAACACACAACUUACGGGGGGACCGAGCACACAGAACCAGUCUAUGCUGGCUGGUAGCGUAGGACAUGCUAUCAGCAAGCACCCUUUUCUUUUUUUCCAUGGGGCAAUACAGAUGUGUGUGUAUGGGGAAAAUGUUUAACCAUGAGCAACCUAUUUCUGUAUAGCUAAA